ACCCGCGGGACCCUUUCGAGCUCGACCUGGAUUAAGAGCAAACGAAAAUCUUGAGGAUAUUUGAACUAAAGCGACCCUUAACGUAGCCUGUGACCGUGAUUAAAUGUCAGCGAUGCGAGGGCAAAGUGCUCUCGGCGGUGCGGUGUGAGCCACCUCCCUGCGCUGCCUGUCUCCCCAAAGGAUAGGCUCUGCUCUGGGUGGUCGACCCUCAGGCCCUCAGCUCUCCCAGGUCGACUCUGACGAGGGGUAGGGGGUGGUCCCAGGGAGGACCCGGAGGAAAGGCGGGGACAGGAAGGGAGGGGAAUGGGAAAGAGGGAGAGUCGUCAGCCCAAGCCCAACCGCUCCCAAUCGCCACAAGAGUGCCCGUGACCCUGAACUUGAGGUGAGGCGCAAAAGCGCCCCCACUUUCCCGCCUUGCGCGGCCAGGCAGGCGGCUGGAAUUGGUGGUUCACCCUGCGCCCCCUGCCCCAUCCCCAUCCGAGAUAGGCAACGAAGAGCACGCUGCAGGGAAAGCAGCGAGCGCUGGGAGGGGAGCGUGGAGAGGCGCUGACAAAUCAGCGGUGGGGGCGGAGAGCCGAGGAGAAGGAGAAGGAGGAGGACGAGGAGGAGGAGGACGGCGACGACCAGAAGGGGCCCGAGAGAGGGGGCGAGCGACCGAGCGCCGCGACGCGGGAGUGAGGUGCGUGCGGGCUGCAGCGCAGACCCCGGCCCGGCCCCUCCGAGAGCGUCCUGAGCGCUCCCUCACGCCUUCCCUUCAAACCUUCUGCCUUUUUCUCCAUCCUCGUGAGCGGAGAACUGGGAGUGGCCAUUCGACGACAGUGUGGUGUAAAGGAAUUCAUUAGCCAUGGAUGUAUUCAUGAAAGGACUUUCAAAGGCCAAGGAGGGAGUUGUGGCUGCUGCUGAGAAAACCAAACAGGGUGUGGCAGAAGCAGCAGGAAAGACAAAAGAGGGUGUUCUCUAUGUAGGCUCCAAAACCAAGGAGGGAGUGGUGCACGGUGUGGCAACAGUGGCUGAGAAGACCAAAGAGCAAGUGACAAAUGUUGGAGGAGCGGUGGUGACGGGUGUGACAGCAGUAGCCCAGAAGACAGUGGAGGGAGCAGGGAGCAUUGCAGCAGCCACUGGCUUCAUCAAAAAGGACCAGUUGGGCAAGAAUGAAGAAGGAGCCCCACAGGAAGGAAUUCUACAAGAUAUGCCUGUGGAUCCUGACAAUGAGGCUUAUGAAAUGCCUUCUGAGGAAGGGUAUCAAGACUACGAACCUGAAGCCUAAGAAAUAUCUUUGCUCCCAGUUUCUUGAGAUCUGCUGACAGACGUUCCAUCUUGUACAAGUGCUCAGUUCCAAUGUGCCCAGUCAUGACAUUUCUCAAAGUUUUUACAGUAUAUUUUGAAGUCUUCCAUCAGCAGUGAUUGAAGUAUCUGUACCUGCCCCCAUUCAGCAUUUCGGUGCUUCCCUUUCACUGAAGUGAAUACAUGGUAGCAGGGUCUUUGUGUGCUGUGGAUUUUGUGGCUUCAAUCUAUGAUGUUAAAACAAUUUAAAAACACCUAAGUGACUACCACUUAUUUCUAAAUCCUCACUAUUUUUUUGUUGCUGUUGUUCAGAAGUUGUUAGUGAUUUGCUAUCGUAUAUUAUAAGAUUUUUAGGUGUCUUUUAAUGAUACUGUCUAAGAAUAAUGAUGUAUUGUGAAAUUUGUUAAUAUAUAUAAUACUUAAAAAUAUGUGAGCAUGAAACUAUGCACCUAUAAAUACUAACUAUGAAAUUUUACCGUUUUGUGAUGUGUUUUAUUAACUUGUGUUUGUAUAUAAAUGGUGAGAAUUAAAAUAAAAUGUCGUCUCAUUGCAAACAAAAUUUUAUUUUUAUCCCAUCUCACUUUAAUAAUAAAAAUCUUGCUUAUAAGCAACAUGCAUUGAGAACUGACACAAUGGACAUAAAGUUAUUAAUAGGCAUUUGAAGAAGGAGGAAUUUUAGAAGAGGUAGAGAAAAUGGAACAUUAACCCUACACUGGGAAUUCCCUGAAGCAGCACUGCCAGAAGUGUGUUUUGUGGUGCCUUAAGUGGCUGUGAUUAAAAAAAAAAAAGUGGGCUCCAGGGAACGAAGCAGUGUAAAAGAUGAUUUUGACUACAUCCUCCUUAGAGAUCCAUGAGACACUUUAGCACAUAUUAGCACAUUCAAGGCUCUGAGACAAUGUGGUUAACUUAGUUUAACUCAGCAGUCCCCACUUAAAAAAAAAAAAUCAUCAAAAAUUCUCUCUCUCUAUUCCUUUUUCUCUCGCUCCCCUUUUUUCCAGGAAAUGCCUUUAAACACCUUUGGGAACUAUCAGGAUCACGUUAAAGAAGAUCAGUUCUCCAGACUGAUAAAAAUUUCAUGAUCUCUUUUAAAUGUUGCCAAAUAUAUGAAUUCUAGGAUUUUUCCUUGGGAAAGGUUUUUCUCUUUCAGGGAAGAUCUAUUAACUCCCCAUGGGUGCUGAAAAUAAACUUGAUGGUGAAAAAUUCUAUAUAAAUUAAUUUAAAAUUUUUUUGGUUUCUCUUUUUAAUUAUUCUGGGGCAUAGUCAUUUUUAAAAGUCACUAGUAGAAAGUAUAAUUUCAAGACAGAAUAUUCUAGACAUGCUAGCAGUUUAUAUGUAUUCAUGAGUAAUGUGAUAUAUAUUGGGCACUGGUGAGGCAGGAAGGAGGAAUGAGUGACUAUAAGGAUGGUUACCAUAGAAACUUCCUUUUUUACCUAAUUGAAAAGCGACUACUACAGAGUGCUAAGCUGCAUGUGUCAUCUUACACUGGAGAGAAAUGGUAAGUUUCUUGUUUUAUUUAAGUUAUGUUUAAGCAGGGAAAGGAUUUUUUAUUGAACAGUAUAUUUCAGGAAGGUUAGAAAAUAGCUGUUAGGAUAUAUUUUAAAUCUACCUAAAGCAGCAUAUUUUAAAAAAUUAGAAGUAUUGGCAUUAAAUGAAGAAAUAGAGGACAAAACUAGACUGACAGCAAUGACCCAGAACAUUUUGAGAUUAGUAAAGUUGUGACCAUGAAUUUAGGGAUUUAUGUGGAUACAAAUUCUCCUUUAAAGUGUUUCUUCCCUUAAUAUUUAUCUGGUAGUUAUUUAUGAGCAGUGAAUUAUUUUGUAGUUUAUAUAUCUUAAUAGUUUAUUUGGGACCAAGCACUUAACAAAAAGUUCUAUAAGUCAUAGAAGCCUUUUCAGGAAGCUUGUCUCACAUUCAUUCCUGAGACUUUCACCUGCCAAGCGGCCUGAGGAUCAAUCCGGUCCUAGGUUUAUUUUGCAGACAUACAUUCUCCCAAGUUAUUCAGCCUCAUAUGACUCCACAGUGGGCUUUACCAAAACAGUUCAGAGUGCACUUUGGCACACAAUUGGGAGCAGAACAAUCUAAUGUGUGGUUUGGUAUUCCAAGUGGGGUCUUUUUCAGAAUCUCUCCACUAGUGUGAGAUGCAAAUAUGUUUCCUCAUUUUUCUGGUUCAUCCAGUAUGUAGCUUUUUGUGACAUAAUAAAUAUAUACAUAUAUGAAAAUA